GCCUGUCAAGAAGGAAACUAUCCUACUACUUAAGCACUACUUAAAAGCUAUUUAGGCCGAAAUCACUUGCUGUAGUAAUAUCAAUUACCUGCGACCUAACAGAGAGCUUCUACUGCCUUGUAAUUAGGGAUUUGUUGUAUGAGCUGCCCUUUUCGGUUACUGGGUUCGAUCUUUGUGAAAUAAAUUUUUCUUAAGUUUCUCUUCGCGCAUAAUCAUGGUGCUAGAAGGAUUGACAGCAGGUGAUUUUGCCAUAGAAGACAACUUAGACAAGGCAGAAGCUGCACAAGCCUACGAAAAGGGCGGUGCAGCCGAAUUGGCCCGCGUCCUGCGGAAGCGCAAUGAGAGUUGGAAGACGGUUCCGCUCAAUAUAGCUGUCAUCGGCAACAGCGGCGUCGGCAAGUCCAGCUACAUUAACCGUAGCCGUGACCUCGGGGCCGAAGACGAAGGUGCUGCCAAGGUCGGCAUAACGGAGACCACGGCAAGCGUCCAUUCGUACGUCCACCCUAAAAACCCUUUGCUGCGGUACUGGGACUGCCCGGGUGUGGGUACUACCUAUUUUCCACAAACCACGUACCUGGAAGACAUUCAGUUCAAGCGCUACGAUUUCUAUUUGCUCCUGUCCAGCAGUCGCUUCACGGCCAAUGACCAAUGGCUGGCAGACCAGAUAAAAAAAGCUGGCAAAAAAUUCUUCUACGUGCGGACCAAGUGUGGCAUCGACGUAUCUAACCAACGCAACGACUAUCCUAAAUCUUGCACUGGAAAAACGGAUGCCCAGAUCCUGCAGCAUGUGCGAAAUGGUAUCAUCCGCAACCUUGACCUUGGAACGGCGGAAGACAGUAUCAUCUUCCUCAUCGACAACCAUAAACCGAAAGAGUUUGACUUCGAGAUGCUGCAAGACAAAUUACUGGAAGGUUUGCCGCAGUUGAAACGCGAGGCAUUCCUUUACUCUCUCAAUCCCAUGGGCAUGCUCAGCAAAAAAAUCCUCCAGAAUAAGGUGGAUGCACUGCGGAACCGGGUAUGGAAAGUAGCGCUGCUAUCCGGUGUGGUUGGUCUGGUGCCAAUACCGGGGGUAUCCGCUGGAUUCGACAUUGGCCUGGUGCUGGCCGAGUGUAAAUUCUACCAGGAGCAGCUUGGACUAGACCCGCAAUCACUGGCGUUAACGGCUCAGAUGCAUGAGGUUGAUCUGACCAUCUUAAUGCAAAUGGUGUCCAUGUCGGUUCCGACCGUGAUCGGCAAGGAUUUCCUGAUCGCCCUCGGCAAGGAGCUGGCGGUGGAGACAAUUGGCCAGGUGGUGGAGGAGGUACUUAAGUUCAUUCCGUUUAUCGGAUCGCUGGUGGGGGCGCCGCUCUCUUUCACACUGACCCGCUUCAUGCUGCUCUGCAUCCUGGGCAGGAUGGAAACCGCCGCCAAGGAGGUUAUCGACAUUUGCAUCCAGAAAGCUCGCCAACUGGCGCUGGAGGAUACCCGCAAAGAUUGUGAGGACCUCAGAAAUAAGACGCCGGCAUCCUAGACAUGCAGCUAAAAUUAAUUUGUUUCUUGACCAGUCGUGCAGCACCAUCCAAUCAUAACCUGCGCCAUACCAUAGAAUUAAACCGAUCGGCAACUUUUAAUAAGCCUGCUUAAUCUGCUUAAACAGCCAACCUUUUUCGCAUGCUGCCGGCCGGUGCAGUUAAUAGGCGAUUUACUGUUUAAUAUUCAAAUUAAUCCUAUAAUAUUAUGAUUAAUCAUAUGCCUAAUUCAGUAUAACGUGUUUUAUUUCACCUGAGGUACAACGUAAUUUUGUAAUAACUGAAAACAUCAACAUUUUUUACAACAUCAGAAUUUCAUUAAAAAUUUUCCGCUUUUCCAUCGUCCCCAUAACCGACGCCGCGUUGCCGCGCUGAAUUCUGCAUGGUUAGAGCGUCCUGAUCGUUUAAUGCAUACACGUACCGCAAAUCGCAUCCCUCCCCCAUUAUGCUGCAGUGCCUUGUAUGUUAAGAAGCGUAUGUUGUUGUAGGUUGUAAAGUGGCAAAGUGCGAAUUCUUUUGUGCACUUACAAGUAUGUCUGACACCAUGGUCCCUGUAGAACGCUUCGCAGCUGUCAAGCAUUCGAUAUGGCCAGAAAAAAACAGCCUCUUAGAUGUUCCCUGUAUUCCGUCGUCUUGCUACAUGCGCUAUCUACGCUGGUGUUCCAACUCGCUUUUUAGCAUUCUUCAGCGCUGCUAAUGACCAUUAGUUAUGCAAUUCAGCUUUCGGCUAGUUUUUUGUUUUCCAUUAUUGUGCUACUAGUGCAUUAUUUUUUAGAGCAUUAUAUGCUUGAGUAAAAGGUAACCAAUAAAUUACACCAACUCUG